CACCAGUUGGUCUCCAGUUCACAGCAGAGAACAAUCUCCCAGCUCUCGUUCCUCCGCAGCUGGGAGGGGACCACCUUCCUUCUGUGUCAGCUUUUAGUCUCAAGGCCAGCCUGGAGACCGCCCACCUGGCCUCCCUCCUGGGAGGAUGAGGGCUUGGUAGCCUGGAAACUUUGCCUGUCAUCCUACUGGGUUCACUGCUGAGUCCUAGGACUGCCGAUUGUUGUGUGGACCAGUAUCGCUGAUUCUACAGGAUCAUCUUGCUGCUUCUCUCAGCUCCAAGCAGCUGCUGUCCCCGCGUGAGCCUCAGAUCGUACCCUCCUUCAUUCGGGAUGCUCCAGAUCUUACAUGACUACUUCUGGUGGGAACGGCUGUGGCUCCCUGUGAACUUAACCUGGGCCGAUCUAGAAGACCGAGAUGGACGUGUCUACGCCAAAGCCUCCGACCUCUAUAUCACACUACCCCUGGCCUUGCUCUUCCUCAUCAUUCGAUACUUCUUUGAGCUUUAUGUGGCUACACCACUGGCUGCCCUCCUGAAUGUCAAAGAGAAAACCCGGCUGCGGGCACCUCCCAACCCCACUUUGGAGCAUUUCUACAUGACCUGUGGCAAGCAGCCCAAACAGGCAGAUGUAGAGCUUCUGUCACGGCAGAGCAGGCUCUCUGGCCGCCAGGUAGAGCGCUGGUUCCGCCGCCGUCGCAACCAGGACCGGCCCAGUCUCCUCAAGAAGUUCCGAGAGGCAAGCUGGAGAUUCACAUUUUACCUGAUUGCUUUCAUUGCCGGCACGGCUGUCAUUGUAGACAAACCCUGGUUCUAUGACCUGAGGAAAGUUUGGGAGGGAUAUCCCAUACAGAGCAUCAUCCCUUCCCAGUACUGGUACUACAUGAUUGAACUGUCUUUCUACUGGUCCUUGCUCUUCAGCAUUGCUUCUGAUGUCAAGCGAAAGGAUUUCAAGGAGCAGAUCAUCCAUCACGUGGCCACCAUCAUCCUCAUUAGUUUCUCCUGGUGUGCUAAUUACGUCCGAGCAGGGACUCUUAUCAUGGCUCUGCAUGACUCUUCUGACUACCUGCUAGAGUCAGCCAAGAUGUUUAACUAUGCGGGAUGGAAAAACACCUGCAACAACAUCUUCAUCGUCUUCGCCAUUGUCUUCAUCAUCACCCGACUGGUCAUCCUGCCCUUCUGGAUCCUGUACUGCACGCUGGUGUACCCACUGGAGCUCUAUCCCGCCUUUUUUGGCUAUUACUUCUUCAACUUCAUGAUGGGAGUGCUACAGCUGCUGCAUGUCUUCUGGGCCUACCUCAUUUUGCGCAUGGCCCACAAGUUCAUAACUGGAAAGGUAGUAGAAGAUGAACGCAGUGAUCGGGAAGAAACGGAGAGCUCAGAGGGGGAGGAGGCUGCAGCUGGGGGAGGAGCAAAGAACCGGCCUCUGGCCAAUGGCCACCCCAUCCUCAACAACAACCAUCGUAAGAAUGACUGAACCAUUGUCCCUGCUGCCCGUCAGAUUAAAGUAUAAAGCCAAGGAAAUACCCCACCCUCCCCACAGGGUCACUUUAAGCUCUGGGGAGAAAGAGAAAGCAAGAAGAGUGUGUUCUCUGUGCCCCCACCCCCUGCUUCUGUCACCCAGUUGCCUUUAAACCAAAUUCUAAUCAGCCUAUCUCCAGGAAUGGGGAGGUUGGUUAUAUCCUUUGUUGGGGGAGGGGGGGUUGGUCUUAUUUUCCAAGUUGUCCUUUCUAUUGAUUUUGAGACCUUUCCUCAGUUCUGGGGGUGGGAGUUAUAAUUCACAUUCCUUACUCUUCAGAAUCUGGCCCUGUCUGCCUGCCUUUGACUCCCUGACCUCCAGAGCCAGGGUCGUGCCUUACUGUCCCACCUGUGGGCCUCAUUCUGCCAAAGUUGGACCAAGGCUCACCUUUCUAAUCUCCCUAACUUGGACCAGAAACCAAAGCUGAGCUGACUUCUAACUUUUUCCCUUCUAAGAUCCAAAUGAACUGAGUGUAGGCGGGUGCACGUGACCCUUAUCCUACCUCUGCCAAAAAGUGGGGGCCACAAUGUGGACUGCUCAGACAGUCUUCUGUUACUUCUCUGCCAGCUGUCCCUGUAGUCACAGGUCCAAGAUCUUACUGCCUCCUUUCUCUGGCCUCUUUCCUUAGGCUAGCUGGUUUGGAGUAGAAUGGCAACUAGUUCUAAUUUUUAUUUAUUAAACAUUUGGGGUUUGGGUUUUAAAGCCUGAAUUACAGCUAGCACCUGGCAUUUCAGCAGAGGGACCACUUCAGACCAAAAUGUACUGUUAAUGGUUUUUUUUAAUUAAAAUAUAUUAAAGAUUAAGUAAAACAUGGCAA